AUGCCUCUCCGAGAGAUGCGGUGGGAAGACAUCCCCCAAGCCUCCCGCGUCCUCGCCGCCGCCUUCUUCGACACCGGAUUGUUCGGAAGCUACAUGCAUCCCCACCGGGACAAAUAUCCAGAUGACAUGUCCCUUUUCUACCUCCACGCCUUACGAACAGAAUACUACUCCGGCCCGGACCACCGCUCCAUCGUAACCUACACAUCCGACCCUGCCGGCAAGGACACUAUCACCGGCGUAGCGCACUGGGUACGCAGGCGCGCGAAGCCAUCCCCUCCCGGCCUAUACCACCAAGUCAUGCUCAACACAGUCACCGCCUACAAUUACAUGGAAUCUUUUCUCUACCCCAACCGCGCCGCCAACCCCACCCAUCUCGACGUCCUCUCCCGCAUGGGCCCCUUCGUCGACCACCACUGGAGCGGCACCCGCAGCGAAAACUGGUACCUCUCCCGCAUCGGCGUCUCGCCCCCCGCCGAGCGUCGCGGGUACGGGAAGCAGAUGGUGCAGUACGGCUUCGAUCUCGCGAGAGCGGAAGGCGUGGGUUGUAGUGUCAUCGCCGCGCCGGGGCGGGAGAGCUGGUAUGUGGCGUUGGGGUAUGAUGUCAAGGUGGGGACGACGGGGGAUUUUGGCGGGGAGGAGAAUCCGUUGGUUGGGGUUGAGGUGGCGACGAUUCAUUUUUGGGAUAAUGGGGUGGAGGUGGAGGGGGUGAAGGGGUAUGGGGAGGGGCGAGGAUGUGGUGAACGCAUGAGAUAG